AGAUCAACCCAACAAGAUCUUCAAGAUUCUCAUAGAUAUGUCUGCUCUGUUCGGAUCUUAUUUCCCUCGAUUUAUCCACACUUUUUCAAAGAUUAUAUCUUCACCAAAUCUUCUCCAAAAUCAUUUUAUAUCUUCUCUCCCAAAUCCAUCAACAACUCGUAUAUAUGCUUCUGUCUCCUCUUCUGUGUUCUUCACAAACACUCUCUUCUCUCCUCUCAUCUGUUUCUGGGUAGCAAAGAAAUGGCGUCUUCUCCCUGCUCAGAUCUUGGCAAGUUUCAUGUCUUGGCUGUUGAUGAUAGCAUCAUUGAUCGCAAGCUCAUCGAGCGCCUCCUCAGAACUUGUUCUUAUCAAGUGACGGUGGUGGAUUCCGGGAUAAAGGCGAUGGAGUUUCUGGGGGGGCGGAUUGAGGAAGUGAAUUUGAUCAUCACGGAUUACAGUAUGCCGGGGAUGACGGGGUACGAGCUUCUGAGGAAGGUGAAGGGGUGUUCUUCCUUGAAAGAUAUUCCGGUGGUGAUCAUGUCGUCGGAGGAUGUUCCGGCGAGGAUCGACCGGUGUUUGGAGGAAGGGGCGGAGGAGUUCUUCCUGAAGCCGGUGCGGCAGGCGGACGUGAACCGCCUGAGUUCCCAUUUGCUGACGCCCAAAUCUCCAGAAGCUUUGCCCAGCCGGAAAAGGAAGGCGGCGGCGGAGGAAGAGGAGGCGCAUACCAACCAGGCCGCAGCUCUCAUCGACGCCGUUAAAGAUGUCGGGGAGAAAUUAAUUGCUGCCAAUCCCGUAGAACUUGCUGUUGGUAACAUUGUGAGGCGCGUUUUACAUAUUAUUAGGGAGGAGGAUGCAUCCCUAACUACUGCUGCUAUUGGCGGGUUAAGUAUAUCUGCUGGAAGUGAUGAUGAAGAUGAAAGAGAGAACGACGAUCAUCCAGUUUUAUCUGCUGCUGCUGUGGCUGCUGCUGCCAGGAGCACAUUGAGGGCACCUUCCCUGCAGACCCUCCUUGAGGAUUUGCCACACUCAACAACUGUUCCUCAUGCAUCUUCUUCCGGAGGAGAUUCUGAAGGAAAAAGUAAAUCUGCUGAUAAGAACUCGCAGACUCGGAAACUGAAGCAUAAUGUCAUUGAGGCUGUUAAUGAACUUAUCCAAGAUAUAGCCACUUGCCAUGAACAGAUUGCAGAACAGGCAGUGGAGCAUAUACAUCAUAAUGAGGUAAUCUUGACUUUAGGCAGUUCAAGAACAGUAAUGGAAUUUCUAUGUGCUGCAAAGGAAAAGAAAAGGUCUUUUCGAGUUUUUGUUGCGGAGGGUGCACCAAGAUAUCAGGGGCAUGCUCUUGCAAAAGAUUUGGUUGCAAGGGGGCUGCAGACCACUGUCAUUACAGAUUCUGCUGUUUUUGCAAUGAUUUCUAGAGUGAAUAUGGUUAUAGUAGGAGCUCAUGCUGUCAUGGCCAACGGGGGAGUUAUAGCACCAGUAGGGAUGAAUAUGGUGGCCCUAGCAGCCCAAAGGCAUGCUGUUCCUUUUGUUGUACUUGCAGGCGUUCACAAGUUGUGUCCUCUCUAUCCACACAAUCCUGAAGUGUUGCUAAACGAGCUGAAGUCCCCAGCUGAGCUGUUGGAUUUUGGAGAAUUCUCAGAUUGUCUGGAUUUCGGGAGUGGCUCUGGUUCUCCACUUUUACAAGUUGUCAAUCCUGCAUUCGACUACGUCCCACCAAAUCUAGUCAGUUUGUUCAUAACAGACACAGGUGGGCAUAAUCCUUCAUACAUGUACCGUCUCAUUGCUGACUAUUACUCUGCCGAUGACUUGGUGGUGCAACAAAGAGCAGCAUCUUAAUGGUGUAUUUUCUUUCUGUUAUCCUACGGAUCCUGCGUACCAUGAUAAUCUUUUAUGUGAUUCAGUGCCUUCCACUGACCACAUUUUGAUUUCAACACUUUCUGCUUGAUUUUCAACAUUUUUUUUUUUUUUUGUGGGUAAUAGAUCAAUGAAGCAUAUGCGAAUACCAUUCUGGCCUGCAGGGUUCAUAUUAUAGUACUAGACUAGAUACACAUGGUUUUUGGGUA